CGAACGAAGCACAUGCAACGUGUUUGUCAAUCUGUCAUCUGCUUUUGCUUUUGCGAUGACGUAAAUGCUAUCAGCGAAUGUCAUCUUGAGGCUGCACGUCAAUACGCGUGCUUGAAGAACGAGGACUGAGGCUCGCAUUCACUCGCUCCUCGUUCAAGCAUAAUGGUGUUUUGCCUGGCCAUGUGUCACGACAGUCAAUCGGACUCUCCGCGUUCUCCACUGAAUAUCGAGUAAUUUGAAUACAUGCAAAUUGCAAUCGAUAAGUACGACUCUCCCGGCGGGCGUUAAACGAUAAACGGUUUGUCAAAUAAAAAUAAGCUCGUCCCGAUAUCGCCCAAGCUGGCCUUUAAAACGUCGACAUUCUAGCCCGUAGAGUUGAGGACGAGAGUCGUAUUUUUAGUACGAUCUAAAAUUGUAAUGUUGCUACGAAGUUCGCGAGUGAAUUUUGCACCAUCGGCGAUGCCACCACGGAGACCGUGACCGCGGAAUUCAUCUGUCGGGGAUUCGUCGAAAAGUGAUUUUUGUCAUCAUCAAACAUAUCCGCGAUUCGCAACAUCGAUCGCGAUCUUCGAACUGACUCGAUUUUUCAGUUUCUCCGAGAGAUCUGAUUUCGUCCGAGGCUCGAACAGCGAGUUAAUCGCAAUGUGAAUAAUGGAGACAGACGAGGAUUUUAUCGAACUUUGUAUAGACGAUCAUUAAUAUCGUCGUUAUAUUUACGGUUAAAUGAGUCAGGGUUAAAUUAGAGAGCAGCGAUCCGCUAUUUAUUUCCACGUAUUUAAUUGCGCUGCAACUGACGUUCCAUUUGGAUUUCAUUUUCGCGUGUCAUAGCGCAAUGCAGCGCGGAAGUAUCGUUUUACGCGCCAGUGUGGAUAUUGCGUUUUGACGUUUGAAUUGGGACCAUUGUGUCUAUUGUACCUCCACUCGGCAAACUGUGUCAUAAAAAUAAACGUCUGCGAUGCAGAUGGUGACCAGCGCCUUACAAAUGUAAAGCGUGUCUCUAUCUCUUCCGCGAAUAAUCCUAGUUCUCCACGGCAAUUUGUCGCGAUGACGAGGUACAAACAGGCCGAAUUCGAGGAUGAGGACAGCAGCAGCAUCGGCUCCGUCGCUCUAAAUAGCGAAGGCAUCAGUACAUCCGCCACGCAUAUAAGAUAUCAUACGGGUACAACAAUGUGGAAGGCGAGAAGUACUUUGGAAAGAUGCCUUCUCAUAAUUUGCGCUGUUCUACUGCUGACGAUCGUGGUACUUGCCAUCGUGAUCAGCAGCAAAAACGGUUGGGAAGAGGCUCAGAUUCUUCAUGUCACCUCUCAUGGAGAAGACGGCGCACAUUGUCUCACGGAACACUGCGUAACGGUAGCAGCUUCCAUAAUAAAUAGUAUAGAUUAUUCCGUCGAUCCGUGUGACGAUUUCUACGAAUACGCUUGCGGCGGCUGGAGGAAGAAAAAUCCCAUUCCAGACGGGAAGAGCGUUUGGGGCACGUUCGGCAAGUUGGAGCAGGAUAAUCAACUAGUCGUUAAGAAUGUUCUCGAGAAACCGCUCAGCGAGAUGAAAUCAAAGGCCGAGAAGAAGGCCAAGUAUUAUUAUCUGUCUUGCAUGGACGCGAAUGAGACGAUCGAGGCGCUCGGGGCUAAGCCGAUGUUGGAACUGUUGGAAAAUAUCGGCGGUUGGAACAUUUCCGGCAAAUUUAACAUCAGCGCGUGGUCCCUGCAAAACAGCAUGCACAUUUUGCAAAUCGGUUACAACAUGGGCGGACUGUUCUCCUGGGCUGUGAACGAGGACGAUCGAAACAGCACUAGAUACAUAAUCCAGAUCGAUCAAGGGGGCUUAACACUACCAACUGCGGACAAUUAUCUCAACGUAACCGAACACGGCAAAGUUCUGGCCGCCUAUUUGGAUUACAUGACGAAGAUCGGCGUGCUCUUAGGUGGCGAGGAGAAUUCGACGAGGAAACAGAUGCAGGAGGUAAUCGACUUUGAGACAAAACUCGCAAAUAUUACUACUCCGCCCGAAGAUCGUAGAGACGAGGAGAAGCUCUACAACCUGAUGUCGUUGAAUGAAUUGCAACGUAAAGCACCUUUCAUGUCCUGGGUGGAUUACUUUCAAAAUGCUACUCGCCUCGUGAACAAGAAGAUCAACAGUAAAGCGAUGAUCGUAAAUUUUGCACCGGAGUACUUUGUGAAAUUGACGAGACUCGUGCAAGAAUAUAACAAAACGACUUCUGGGAAGAUAGUACUGAAUAACUAUUUGGUUUGGCAGACCGUAAGGUCCUUAACGGCGUCUCUCUCGAAGCCGUUCCGUGACGCUUACAAAGGCUUGAGAAAAGCUUUACUCGGUUCUGAAGGCCACGAAGAGCAAUGGCGUUACUGUGUCAGUGAUGUUAAUAACGCUAUGGGUUUCGCCAUUGGCGCGAUGUUUGUCAGAGAAGUUUUUCAUGGCAAGAGUAAACCCAUGGCGGAAGAGAUGAUCAAUCAAAUUCGCAAAGCAUUUACGAAAAACUUGAAGAAUCUAGACUGGAUGGAUGCAGAGACAAGAAAGUCCGCCGAAGAAAAAGCGAACGCGAUCACUGACAUGAUCGGCUUCCCGGAUUAUAUUCUGCAACCCAGCGAUCUCGAUGAACGUUACAGAGAUUUGGCGAUCAAGCAGUAUGAAUAUUUCCAGAACAACUUGCGCGUUAACAAGUACAAUUUGCGUAAAAGUCUUGAAAAACUUGAUCAAGCGGUGAAUAAGACGACUUGGAUAAUGACUCCGCCGACUGUGAACGCUUAUUACACGCCUACCAAAAAUCAGAUCGUCUUCCCCGCCGGUAUUCUUCAAAGUCCGUUUUACGAUAUGGAGAAUCCAAAUAGCUUAAACUUCGGCGGCAUAGGCGUAGUCAUGGGACAUGAACUAACACACGCUUUCGAUGAUCAAGGUCGAGAAUACGAUUUGCACGGAAAUCUACAUCAUUGGUGGAACGAUGCUACGAUAGAACGAUUUAAAAAUAGAACCGAAUGCUUCGUGGAACAGUAUAACCAUUAUCAAGUACAAGGUCGACAUAUAAAUGGCCAACAGACGCUGGGAGAGAAUAUCGCCGACAAUGGGGGCCUUAAGGCAGCAUAUCACGCUUAUCUCUCGAUGCCUAAGAGCUACAAGGAUCAACUGCCGCUACCCGGUCUCAAUUUGACGCAUCGUCAAUUAUUUUUCCUGAAUUUUGCACAGGUUUGGUGCUCCGCCAUAACGUCCGAGACGGAGACUCUUCAGAUGGAGAAGGAUUCUCAUUGUCCCCCGCGGUACAGGGUGAUAGGACCACUUUCGAAUCUGCCAGAAUUCGCGAUGGAAUUUAACUGCCCUAAAGACUCGAAGAUGAAUCCGAUAAAUAAGUGCGAAGUGUGGUAACGUCGUCUGAUAUCUCUAUCUUGACUGAUUCAUCGAAGACAGUUCAGUUGAACUUAAUUUCCGGUAUGACGGUGAAACCGUCGAGGCUCUCACGUGCCGUUGCAUAAAGAGAGGUAACGUGUCGUGGAACGUGGGACUUGUUUCGGGCAUCGGACUCUACGUUUUUUAAUUCCUUCAUAUAUCAUCUAUUUACCUUGUGAAGAUAACUAUUUUAAAUUUUACGGAUCUACCGUCGACGUAUGAUUUCGUCACAUUUUUUUCAACGUGCGAUCUCGAAAGUAGUCAGGAGAUGGUGACAUCUUCUCUCAGCUAUGGGAAAUUCAUUGGCUAUAAUUUAAACCCAGUUUUCUCUUAUCCGUUCCUACCAUAUUUAAAAAUUAUUACUUAAAAUUUAUAGUAAUUACCUUUCUAGUAAACUCGGUUUAUUACGUGUAUUUUCUUCUAAAUCUUAAAAUUAAAUACAAUUCACUCAGAGUUUUCUUUGUCAGCGAGUCAAGACUUAUACGAGCUACUUAGAUCGCGCGAAAUAUGCCAUAUGCAUUUCUAAUGUCAUAUUUUGCAGUUUUGCAGACAGACUCUGCUGGCGCGUUUUAGACUUCUAAGAGAUUUAUUUUAUAAAAACUACUUAUUUUAUGACUUAUUUUAUGAGCUGGACGGAAUUCGGAAUUUGAGAUCGCGGUAACGCGACACGCGACACGCAACACACGACACUCUAUUGCCCGUCAAGAGAAAUAUUUUUUAAAUGUGCUUAAUUGUGCUAAAUAUUUCUCUCUUAUGUCACCUAGCGCAUAUUUAGUAAGCGAAUCGGAGGUUUGACUUUUCCAUUUGAUGGAAAAAUGGAAUGACUCCGGCAAAAAUUAGGUUAGCUGAAAAAAAGAAAAUGAAAUUAAAAAAUUUUAUUUUACAAAGCUGUGGAUACUUAAUCUUCAAAAUCAGAAGUUGUCCUCGGGACUUUCUGAAAGAUAAUGUUGAAGAGAUGAAACGAGAUCUCACAUAUGACUUCUUUCCGACUUUAUAAAGACUGGAUGUUUUAUUUUCCAGAAAUUAAUAAUUUUCAAUUCGAUCUGUGUAUUACAUUUUUUUACGAGAUGCAAUACUACAGAUAUUUGUGUAAGAAACUGUGAGACACUGUUUAAUCUCACGUCUACACAGAAUCAUCAAAGCAUAAAUCUAUAUAUACUUUCUCUUCAUUCUUAGUUAUACAAUUAUGUAAUAUUUUAAUAUUGAGUAUUAUGUAGAGAAACUUGUUUUGUUAAUGAAUGCUGAACGGCGUAUUUGUACAUAAAAUGAUUUCUAGAUUGAGAAGCUUAUGCAUCCGUUACAAGAAUAAUGUAAAUUUUUAUUUGUUAAUAUUAAUUUUAUUGUUGUGAUUAAUAGGAAAUCUCGGUACAGCUGUGAUGGAUUUCAAAAGCUAAAGUUUUGUUGUGGCUCUUCCGUUGUCAAAAUCAAUAACAUAUCUUGGUACUGUAUGUAAUACAGAAAUAAUAUUAAUAAUUUUUAUGUCUCAUACAAUGCAC